AUGGCGAACGGGCAACGAAAGCAGCAGCAGCGGGCCAAGCCGCCGGCCAAGGCCCGACGGGUCCGCGGGCCGACGGGCAAAGAGCCGUUCGAGGAGGCCGUCGGGCUACUCCGUCGCUCCGCCGCGCACUCGCCGACGCCAUGGGGCAUGUUUGAGAUCCCGCAUCCCGUCGAGCCGCUGCUGCAUGUCGAUGCGAUGGACGAGUGGCUCGGCUGGCCGCUCUGCAAGUUCCAGGCGCAUCAGGUCAUGGACGCGUACAAGGCGUCGCACGGCGUCGCGAUCGUACCGGCGGCGCACCUCACGAUCGAGAGCGACGACUGGCGCGAGGCGAUGGACACGGUCAUGCGCCAGCACAUUGCCGACGCGUUCUUGCCGCAAGGCGCGUUCUCGCUGCAGCUCUCGCACUUUGUGCUCGACUUUAAAGGCUCGGCGUCGAGCUUGGUGCCAACGACGCGGCCCGCGCGCACCGUCGGAAGCGUCUACUUGCACCUCUCGUCCAUGUACACGGGCGGCGAGGUGACGCUGACAAGCGCUGGCGGCCUCACGCGCGCGUGGGAGGCGACCAAGUUUCUCACACGGCUGCAGUGCCUCGUGCUUUCGCCGUCGACGACGAUCUCGGUCGACCCGAUCACGUACGGCCAGCGCGCGAUUCUGGUCUACCACCUCGUCGACGAGUCGCCGUCGACGUACUUUGACGAAGCGGUCGCCAAGCUCACGGCGGCCUCCUGCGUGCGCCACCCCGUGUUUAGCGUCGGCGGCAUCCGGCUCGCGGCGCCCAACCCGACGCUGUCCCGGGACAAGUUGGCGCCGGUCGAUCUGGACUUUGCGCGCGCGCUGCUGGCGUCGGGCGCCUACGAUGUGGUUGUCGCCGAGCACGAGAAGAACUUUGAUCUCUUUGGCGUCGGUGGCACGGGCUACUCGUCCAAGCUUCUGCGCGUUCAGGCGCUGCGGGAGCUGCCAGCCGCGGUCGCCGACAACCUCCCGAGCGUCUCGGUCCAAGCGUACCUCUUUGAGAAGAAGGCCGACCCGCGCAAGAUUGGCUUCUCGGGCCCGCAGUACUCGCUCCCCGACUUUGCACCGACGCUCGAUACGUUCUGCGACGCGCUUAUUUCGCUGCGCCGGCUCACCACGGUGUCGCGGCUCCUCGGCUCCUUCCUGCGCGUCGGCUCGGCUGAGCGAACGUUCAUUGCCAUUGCGCCGUGCAUCGCCAAGCUCGUGCAAGCGUUUGGCUGGGAGGCGCUCUAUUCGCCCAUGAACGCGCUUCUGGACCGCUGGCUCAAGUCGCUGCGCGGCGUCGGGCUCUGCUACGGCCUCGUCGCGAGCUUGGCCGGCGCCGCCGAGUCGCCGCUCUGCGCGACCAUUGACCAGCCGUUUGCGGUCGAGUGGAUCGUGGCCAUGUGGUCGCGGCUCGCACUCGUCGUCGACGCCCUCGCCGAGUCGGACAAGCUCUACGACGACGCGACGCUGCCCCGCAUCGUCUUUCAGUACAGUUUGUUUCUGCAAAUGUACGUGGAUCAGCCGGCACAGCACCUCUCGCAGCGCUGGUUGUACAACUGCCUCCCGGACGGCGUCGUGACCAAAAUUGCAUCGUUCCUCGGACCGGUCCCGACCCUCGACGAGCUCGACAACUAUGGCAUCUUUUCGCCCGUGCCCGACAUGACGCCGGGCCUCGCCGCUGCGCUGCGCCUCGACCAACGCGUCAACGCAGCGUAUCUGGACCGCGUCGUCGACGACUACAUGGCGGGCGACUUUGGCGACUACGACGACGACCGCGAUUUCAACCAGGAGCUCGCGACGAGCCUUUUGGCCGUCGCGGCGGCCACCGGGCGGUUUACCGACGUGCUGAGCGAGCUCAUUGCCGGGUGGCGCUUUGCACUCUCGCUGCCGAUUAACGCGUUUCUUCGCGUGUGGCCGGCACUCGCGACCGCCGACGUCCAGCGCGCGUGUGCGUCGGCGCUUCUGCGCAUCGCGGAUCAGCUCCGCCCCGACGAUCUCGUGCCGCCCGAGUUUGAUUUCCACAUGCUCUUGCAAGACCCGGGCACGGACGGCCCGCGCGAGGUGGUGGUGCACCAAGUCGUCGCGACCUUGAAUUUUUUCGCGACGUUUGACCGCGCGCACCUCGUCCCGUUUCAAACCAAGUGGAUCGCCGCGGUGACACAGAACGCCGACGCGGUUCGAACGACGCUCUGCGAUGUGAUCGAGGCGGUGCACGAGCAUCUGCCGACGGAAACCGCGCUCGUCGCGCACCUCGCGCGCGCCUACUUGGAGGCGACUGCGGCCGCCGACCACGACGCGAUCCAACGCCUCACCGACUAUGCGCUGCUCGACAUUGAGGUGCCGUCGUGCUGCGAGCUCUCGGUCGGCUUUCAAGAGUUUUUGCAUGACCCGGUCCAAGACGAGUUCCGCGUCAACGACAUCCACGCGUGCGACAAGAUUGGUCCGAUUGUGGCCGCCCACCCGCUGCAGUUGCGGGUCCACGAACGCACGAUGACGCGCGACGACGACUUGCUCUGGGGCGACGAUGACGACUACGACGACGACUACGACGAUUUUGACGACGACGGGGGCGACCAAUUGGUGGUGAGCGUCGUGACUAAGGUGCGCCAACCAGGACAAGUGUCGGUGGACGUCCUCCGCAGCCACUUGGCUCGCCAGCGCAACUACGAAAAGACGCUCGCGCGCUCGCGACGUGUGGCCGACAUCUUGCAAGAGACCACGGAAAACAUCUUGCAAGAGGUCACUGCGAGCGACGACGCCGAGUAG